UCAAGCUCCAAUCUCAGCAAAUAAUCCCCCUUUGUACUAAAAACUCCAGUGCCCGUAGCCCAUUCACCACCAUCAUGGCUUGUAUGCAGAUGUCCAGGAGUGAAGCCGAAAAGAUGAAGUGCAGCAAUGGCUCUCAAGGUUACUGCUCGUCUGACUACAAGCAAGAGGUGCACCAAGCAGCUGGGUGUGCAGUGCCCCAAGCUGGGAACCACAACAUUGCAAGUAAUGCUGGAUGUGCAUCUAACCAAGUUGGGCACAAUAUGGGAGGCAACCACGGCCAUGCCAGCCAUGGCUCUGGCCACAAUGGUCAUGCCAUUCAUGGCUCUGGCCACAAUGGUCAUGCCAUUCAUGGCUCUGGCCACAACGGCCAUGUCAGCCAUGGCUCUAGCCACAACGGCCAUGUCAGCCAUGGCUCUGGCCACAAUGGCCAUGUCAGCCAUGGCUCUGGCCACAAUGGCCAUGCCAUCCAUGGCUCUGGAAACCAUGGUCAUGUCAGUCAUGGCUCUGGAAACCACGGCCAUGUCAGCCAUGGCUCUGGAAACCAUGGACAUGCUAGCCAUGGCCCUGACCACCUCAGCCAUGCCAACCAUAGCUCUGGCCAACAUGACUGUGUCACUGCCAACCAUAACUCUGGCCAACAUGGCUCUUCCCAUCAUGGAAACAACCACCACAACUCUGCCAACCAUGGUGCUACCCACCACCACUCUUCACACCAUGCAAGCUGCGAAGAAAAGAAAGAAGAAUACAAAGUCUGUAAAUCAGGACACAAUAAGGGUGAGAAGAUCAAGAAGAAAUCGUCUAAGAAGUGCAGUGAUGACAGCAGUGACAGCGAGAGUGACAAUGAAGGGCAUGGGAAGAAGUGCUAAAUGAGCAGAACACAGCUGUGAGCACCAGUAAACCCAAGAUCAGAGACUGGAGAUAAGAUGCUGCUGAAAAUAUUAUAAUUUAUGUUUUAAAUAUAGUAUUUCAUAAAUAAUGUCCAACUACUAGCAUAGCUAAGCACCAUCCCUGGUGGAUACUGUUCAGUGUGUAUUAUGCAAGAAUGGAUUAUUUUCCUUAUUGUACUAUGUGGUUUUCUUAUGAA